AAUAAUCUUUCUUCCAUCAAAAUUUGUAUCAAACAUUCCAAUCAAACACAAAAGUAUUAUACACAAUGGUGAAACAAGAACGUAAGCUCCAAGUUACCACUUCCUCAUCGUCACUGUCUCAACCUUCUUCUUCUUCUUAUUCUUCUUCCUCUUCUUCUUCCUCGUUGACAUUGCAUCAUCAAUCUUGUAAGAACAAGAUAAAGAAAUACAAAGGGGUGAGAAUGAGAAGCUGGGGAUCAUGGGUUUCGGAGAUUAGGGCACCAAAUCAAAAGACAAGAAUCUGGUUAGGUUCUUACUCAACCGCAGAAGCAGCUGCUAGGGCUUACGACGCUGCUCUCUUGUGUCUUAAAGGCCCUAAAGCCAAUCUCAACUUCCCCUACAUCACUACUACUCCUCCUUUUCUUAUUGGCAUCGAUGAAAAGACUCUUUUGUCCCCCAAAUCCAUCCAAAAGAUCGCCGCUCAAGCCGCUAUCUCCAUCUCUUCUGACCCUAUUGCCCCUCCUUCCUCCUCCAAUGAUGAUGAUGAUGAGCAUGAUAGUGAUCUCCAUCACCAUCCAUCUCCUUCUUCUUCAGCUGCAUCUUCUCCGCCAGAAGAUCACCAAAAUGAUGAUGAUUUGGUGUCAUUAAUGGGAUCAUUCGUGGAUGAACAUGUUUCUUUGAUGGAUCUUCCAUCAUGGUAUGAUGAUAAUGAGAUGUACUUCAUCAACGGAGCUUCGUUUGAUUAUUCUCCACAAUUGAUUAGCUCGAAGACAACGAUAUUGGAUGACCUCUACGACGAUGCUGAUAUUCAGUUAUGGAGCUUCAGUUGAUCGAACGGUCCAUAUUAUACUACGAAACACUUUCGGUUCACAUUAUUUCAUUUAAUUUAUUCUUUUAAAUUUAUCAAUUAUCAUUCGUUGUUUUUUUUUUUGUAACAAUUAUCAUUCGUUGUUGUUUCUUCAAGUUGCUACUUGCUCGGAGCGAAUUAACGACAAAUAUGUAUUUAUACAC